UUUAACAGAUACGCACGUUUGUCUACCCAUGUUUCUAGUUCUUGCAUGUCUCAUCAACCUAUGUAUUUAAAUACUUAUGUAUCCAUUGAUCAGUUCUAGAGAUUAACAACAAAUAUGAGCACUGAGGAAGGAGGCACGCCAAAGUCUCCCAGCGGAGGCAAGGCUCCCAAGUUGAAUGAGAGGAUCCUCUCGUCUUUGUCCAGGAGACAAGUUGCAGCUCAUCCGUGGCAUGAUCUUGAUAUCGGACCUGGAGCUCCCCAAACCGUGAACGUUGUCUGCGAGAUUACUAAAGGGAGUAAGGUGAAAUAUGAACUUGAUAAGAAAACUGGUCUCAUCAAGGUUGAUCGUAUCUUAUACUCCUCGGUUGUCUAUCCUCACAACUACGGAUUCAUUCCUCGAACAUUAUGUGAAGAUAACGACCCCAUGGAUGUUUUGGUCUUGAUGCAGGAGCCAGUCAUUCCUGGAUGCUUUCUCCGUGCCAAGGCUAUAGGACUGAUGCCAAUGAUUGAUCAGGGAGAGAAGGAUGACAAAAUUAUUGCAGUGUGUGCUGACGAUCCAGAGUAUCGUCAUUAUACUGAUAUCAACCAACUCCCCCCACAUCGCCUUAUGGAGAUCCGUCGCUUUUUUGAAGAUUACAAGAAGAAUGAAAACAAGGAGGUUGCAGUGAACGAGUUUCUGCCUCCAGCUACAGCUCAUGAAGCAAUCCAACACUCUAUGGACCUUUAUGCCGAGUACAUCUUGCACAGCUUGAGAAAAUAGCUGGGGAAACUACUGUCCCGGUUAAUAAUUUUUUAUGGUCGUGCUGCCAGUAACCCUAUCGUCUGAGAUCACGGACCAGCUGUCAUUGUUUUUCCUUUUGCAAAUAUUGUUUGUUUAUUAUUUAUACACUAACAAAUUUUAUAUAGUUACUGAUUACUGAUAAAUGCUAUUUUGUUGAGUUACUGUUUCAACUGCUCUCAGGCAGUUUCUAUGUAACUACUUCAUACUAAAGACGAACUUCAGUUCAGAACCA